GCUGUUUUUGAAGAUGAUGAUUUACGACUGAGUGGACAAUGUUUGUAGACUUUUAAUUGAAGAAGAGGCAUUCAUGUUGGCCACGCCACACUUGAGAGGACCACCCGCAUCAAGAGCUCCAGCUAGACGCCCCUUCCGAGGAAGGACCUACGCUCCAAGGAUGCCAAGAUGCAACACCUGCAAUCGUGUGGGACAUGCCACCCGGGAUUGUCCCCAACGAGUUCCAGCUCCCGUCACGUACCAGCCCAGAGGAACAGAUUCCAGAGGCAGAGGCAGAGGUGGUAGACAAGGUCGUCGUGGUCCCCGGCGUGAUCCACAAACUCCACUCGCCACAUUGGCUUUAACCAAUGAUCCACAACCUCAACCAGAGUACGACAGACGACUCCUGUGGACUUUGGACAGUGGUGCAGCAUUGCAUGUUACCUACAGAAAGGAACUUUUCACAGAGAUGCACGAGCCUGAACCAGAACUACGUGAACUUUACUCUUUUUCAAAUCAUCCUUGUCAGGUCAAAGGAAAAGGAACUGUUUAUGUUGAAGAGCUCGAUGCAUUCAUUCCUGAUGUUUAUUACAUACCAACAGCAACCAGUAAUUUGCUUAGUCAGUGUCACUUGUCUAGAAUGUUAAAGUUCCAAGUUCACCACCUUGAAAAAGCAAGUUACAUAGUUAAAGAUGGAGAUAUUGUUGCUGAAACCAUAUUAAUUGGUGGUGUUUAUUACUUAAAGCCAAAGCCUAAACCGCAAACACAGGCAAGUAUACAAACUCCAAAAAGGGAACGCACAGGCCCAGAGAGAGAUGCUCCAGAGAGAGAUCCUGUUGCUAUUCCAAAGGGUCCUAAAGCCAACAAAAAUAGAAUUGGUAAACAGGUUGCUCAGAGCAAGCCUGAGGUUCCGCAUAAAAAUGUUAAUGUUGAGAAUUCACUAACAGGUAAACCUUUGCAUUCCAGGUGUAUCCACAAAUGGCAUAGAAGAUUGGGGCAUGCCAGUUUCCGUGUUCUUAGGAAGAUGCCGGAGUUCGCAAAAGGUUUGGAUCUAAAGGGGUGUAAGGUGUUUUUGGAUUGUGCUGUAUGCAAGAAGGCCAAAUCCAAAGCAGCAGCCAUUCCCAAACACACUACACGCCUGUCAACACGCAUUUUUGAUUUGGUUCACAUUGACAUAAGGCACAAAUGA